AUGGACUCCGAGCCGCCUUCACUCCCCCUCGAGCGCACCGUCUCGCAGCAUAGCGCAACGUCCAUGAGGAGCGCCCGCUCUUCCACCGUACGGGCCAAACGAUCAAAGCUGCAUUCCCAGCCAUCAAGCUCCGCAAGCUCCAUCGCCGCCUCCGAGGACAAGUCCCUGACGAGCUUCCCCUCCAUUCCGCCCGACUCGCCCAGGGCCGAACACGGAUUCCCCCCGCCUUCGACCCCGGAACCUGAGCCGCCGGCGACGGUUCGCAAGAUCUCCGAUACCAGGCCCGGCCCCAUCUCCCUGCUAGGCGGCCUGACCGGUGGCUCCUCUGCCGAGCAGGCGGCCCGCGAUGCCCUGUUUGAGGACUCACCCAUCUCGACGCACAAGAUACCCGGUGCCCUGCACCAUGCGGAUGACGAGCAUAUCGGGCGCCUGAUUGCCAGACACGGCGCCGUCGCACUGGUCAGACAGGUUGCGACCGACCUGGCACAGCGCGAUGCCCAGAUUGCCCAGUUGCGGAGGAAGGCCGACGAAAGAGAGAGGGCCCUGCGCAAGAUCAUACUAGAAUGCGGGCUCUCCAACCUCGACCUCGAGACUAGGCUGAGGGCCAUCGAAAGCGAGGUUAAGACGACCCGCCCAGGCAACCGUCGAAACGAGAGUGGCUUGUCCGACCUCAUGAGCGAUGCCAUGCAGGACACCGUCAUUUACAACGUCUUUGGCCAAACCGAGGUCAACGAUGCGACGAUCCGCGCCAACAACCUGUCCAUGGCCUCAAACCCUGACGGCAGGGGGACGUCGAGAGGCUGGAAGGAUUACUUGUGGGGAGGAACGAGCAGGAAGGGUAGCGUGCCCAGCAGCGUCAACGGCGACGACGUGAGGCCGGCCACGGUCAUCAGGACACAGUCGAGCGCCGACAGGCGACCCGCCCUUCAGGACGACCUCUUCAGCCCACUCAGCGAUGCCGUACCGGCCGAAAGCUUGCCGCCGAGAACACCGAGCCGAGCGUCUAGCAUCCAGUCUGGCCCACCUGGUUCGCGCAAACCAUCCACUUCGGUCGCAGCCAGUCUGAUGAGAUUGGUGGCCGGAGGCGCUAUCAAUACGCGCGAUGGCGGCCCCAACCGCGGAAGGUCUAAUAGCGCUACCCAGCCGCAGUCGACCGCGCGAGCGUCCUCAACCUCCAGUGCCAAGACCACUCAGUCAAGCAGAGCAGUCUCGACACAGGGCGGCCCAAAGGCCCUCAUGGCCAUGCGCAGGACAGCGACAAAUGCCAAUGCUGCUCCGGCCGCGACCGCUGCUAGGACUCAGCCGCAGGAGAGAUGGGACACAAUGGUGAACAGCCCGACGAACCCCGUGUCUAACCGCCAGGAGAGCUACGGUCCUGUUGAGAUGGAUGCGAUUCUGCCGCCCGAGACUCAACCCCCGACCUUGACGCACAUUUACAACAACUACAUUGGCAGCGAAUAUCUCACCGACCGCUUCGGCUUCAUUUACGACCAACGUAGGAAGAAGAGGCAGCGUGAAGCCGCGCAGAUGGCUCGUCACUUCAAGCAGGGCAGCCGCGCCGAGAUGCUCUCCAACGGCCGGUCGGAUCUGGCCUCACCAAUGAUCGAGGAAGAGGAGGCCCCGAGCCCCAUGAGUGGCGAGGAACGACCGGACAGUCCGUCAUCGACUGAGGAACGCGUAGGCGAAGGCAAGGCCAAGAAGUGGCAAGAUUACCUUAAGCUAGCAACAUUCCCGACCGAGCUCUUGUCUCACACCCCCGCCCUCAGCGCGCCGUCCCUGGAAGUGCUUGAGGGGGGCGAGCUGGGGAUGAAGUCGCCUGGACUCAUCACCGCUGACGAGCGGGGCUUCGUUCCUAUCGCGAGCACGACAACAUCGGUCAUCGACAGCGAGGCGACCCCACCUGUUGAGACAGACGCGGCUGCUGGAACAGUAGUCAGGGACGAUACGGAGCCCGUGAAGCUGCUUCUCCAGCACAUGGGCGAGUUGCACGACUCCCUGCAGAGAGAAAAGGCUGCUCGCUGGAAUGAGUUCCUGCGCAAGGUGAGAGCCGAGAGGAAGCGAGAUGGCGAAGCCGCAGCGGCAGCCGCCGCCGCCCUUGCCGAGGCCCGUUACGAGCGCCCGGCCAUGAAUCUGCCCGAGGCUGCUCUUGCCGACGGCGAGCUGAUUGGCAUCACCGGCCUCGGAAUCAAAGGCAAAGUCGGACGCGCGAAGAGGACUGAGCUUAGGAACCUGGUUCUGGGCGGAAUUCCAGUCAACCUGCGUGCGAAGGUCUGGUCAGAGUGCUCAGGUGCAACCACCCUCCGCGUCCCCGGAUACUAUCAGGACAUUAUCGCUCGAUCCGACAAGGACGACGACCCGCUUGCGGUGUCCCAGAUCGAGAUGGACAUCAACCGCACCCUGACGGACAACAUCUUUUUCCGAAAAGGACCGGGCGUGUCGAAGCUGAAGGAGGUCCUCAAAGCCUAUGCGCGUCGAAACCCGGAGGUCGGCUACUGCCAGGGCAUGAAUCUCAUCGCGGCCAACCUGCUGUUAAUCAUGCCAUCGGCGGAGGACGCCUUCUGGAUUCUGACCAGCAUCAUCGAGAACAUCUUGCCGUCGGGCUACUACGACCACAGUCUCCUCGCAUCACGCGCAGACCAGCAGGUGCUGCGCCAGUACGUGGCGGACGUGCUCCCGAAGCUGUCCCAGCAUCUGGAUGACCUCAGUAUCGAGCUGGAGGCGCUCACGUUCCAGUGGUUCCUCAGUGUCUUCACCGACUGCCUCUGCGCCGAGGCGCUCUUCCGCGUCUGGGACGUGGUGCUCUGCAUGAACGAUGGCAGCACAUUCCUAUUCCAGGUGGCGCUCGCGUUGCUCAAGCUCAACGAGACGCAGCUCCUGCAAUGCGACACGCCCGCGAGCGUGUACACGUACAUCAACCGCCAGAUGACCAAUCACGCCAUCAGCAUCGACAACAUGAUCAAGGCGUCGGACGGCCUGAGGAAGGAGGUCAAGCGCGAGGACGUCGAGGCGCGUCGGGACAAGGCGAUCCAGGCGGAGAGGGAUGUCGCGAGGCAGAGGGAGGAGAUGAACGCGGCGAAAAAGGUCAUCAAGGCUAAUGGUAACGGCAACGGCAACGGGCACGAUAAUGGACACGACGAGAGCGAGGCAGCGACGCCGGGUCUGGAUGUCCGCGACCCGAUGCCGAUGGAACAGGAGGGGCAGACGUGA